CUCUCUCUCUCUCUCUCUAUUUCCAGGUCUCUAAAUUCAAGAACAUCACAUUCACACGUAGUACAGGACUUCUCGAAAGAGUAUGGCGGUAUCGGUAGAGAACCUCUUGAAAGAAAGAAAAUAUCCAUUCAUUUUCUCUCUCUUCAUCUUACCCUUACUCAUCUUCCUCACACUCCUCCUCUUGAACAACUCUCAAUCCUUCUCCUACUUCACCAUCGACAUCACUCAACUGCAACCAAAACCACUCUCGUCCUCUCCACCUCCAAAUCCAAACCUUCCGAUCUCAAACCCUAGCUCAUUCACACAGCCUCCACAACACCACGACGUUGCGUCCAAUCUUACUGCAAUUGAAUCAAGUGAUGCGAAUUUGUUCGAUUGGAAGGUUUGUGAGGGUUAUGUGGCGGUUGAUUACAUACCGUGUCUUGAUAAUUUUAAGGCCAUUAAAGAACUGAAGGCAAGGAAGCAUAUGGAGCACAGAGAGCGGCAUUGUCCGAAGCCGAGUCUGCGGUGCUUGGUUCCGCUUCCGACGGGGUAUAGGAUUCCGGUUCUGUGGCCUAAGAGCAGGGACAUGAUAUGGUAUGACAAUGUUCCACACCCUAAGCUUGUUGAGUACAAAAAGGCUCAAAAUUGGGUGCGCAAAUCUGGUAAUUAUCUUAUUUUCCCUGGAGGUGGUACUCAAUUCAAGCAUGGAGUCACUCACUACAUUGAGUUUAUUGAGAAGAACUUGCCAGCGAUUGAAUGGGGGAAGCGCACAAGGGUUAUUUUAGACGUUGGCUGUGGCGUUGCUAGCUUUGGUGGCUAUUUGCUUGACAAAAAUGUUAUCACAAUGUCUUUUGCCCCAAUGGAUGAGCAUGAGGCUCAGAUACAGUUUGCUCUCGAGAGGGGGAUUCCUGCUACUCUUUCGGUUAUUGGAACUCAAAGGCUGACAAUUCCAGAUAAUGCAUAUGAUCUAAUACAUUGUUCUCGAUGCAGGGUUCACUGGGAUGCAGACGGUGGGAAACCAUUAAUGGAACUCAACAGGGUUCUUAGGCCUGGAGGGUUUUUUGUAUGGUCGGCAACACCAGUUUAUCGUCAUGAUGCAAGACAUCAGAAUGUCUGGAAGGCUAUGGUAGCUCUGACUGAAGCGAUGUGCUGGAAGGUAGUUGCUAGAGCCAUUGAUUCAUAUGGAAUUGGGCUAGUUAUAUAUCAGAAGCCUGUUUCAUCUUCCUGCUAUGAAAAGCGCAACGAAAAUAAUCCACCUCUGUGUGAUUUGAACAAUAGGCCAAACAUUUCAUGGUAUGUGCCGCUCGACAGUUGUCUUCCCCAAAUUCCAAAAGCAAGCAUGGGCAACUCAUACGACUGGCCCUCACCCUGGCCCGAAAGGCUUACUAGUAAACCUGUAAGCUUAUCAACUGAACCAGAUGCCGAAGAAAGCUUUUAUGGGGACACCAAGAACUGGCAUGCACUGGUCUCAGAUUUUUAUCUGGGAGGCCUCGGUAUAAAAUGGUCAAGUGUUAGGAAUGUGAUAGAUAUGAAUGCUAGUUAUGGAGGAUUUGCUGCAGCACUUAUUGACAAACCUCUAUGGGUAAUGAAUGUCAUCCCCAUUGAUGGGCCAGAUACUCUGCCUCUUAUCUUUGAUAGAGGGCUGAUUGGAAUCUACCACGACUGGUGUGAGCCUUUUAAUACUUACCCUCGGACUUAUGAUCUCCUGCAUUCCAGUUUCCUCAUCGGAAACCUAAUUCAAAGAUGUGACCUAAUAGAUGUGGCCGUUGAAAUGGAUCGCAUACUGAGACCAGGUGGCAUUCUUUUAGUUCAGGACACCAUGGAGAUGAUUAACAAGCUAAGACCAAUUUUGCAUUCACUUCACUGGUGGAUAACAUUACAUCGGGAUCGUUUUCUCGUCGGUAAGAAAAGUUCAUGGCGUCCGGAUGGAAAACUAAACUAAGCAUAUAAAGUUUGGUUUCAAUUAUCUGUCAGAGUAAGAUUUUCGUAUUCAUUUAGAGAUCAAGAAAGGGAAACACAGACACUUCACUACAAUUUAUAGGCAAAUAUAUGAUGCCAAUUCUUGUCCUCAUUUUUUGACCUGAAGAAACUGUAUGAGGAGCACUGAAAAACAGCUUUUAUAACAGCAAUAUAGUUGGGCCUGAU